CACUGCAGCGCCCACUCUCACACAAACUCAACAUUGCCUCAACAUCGUGUUCCAGUGCAUAGCAAUCACCAACAUCCAACAAUGUACUCGACACAGGCAGCACCGCUGCCGCCGCCGACGUUCUACGGCACUCCACCGAUCAACGACAACAACAACAAUGGGCACUAUGCGCCGCACCACAACAACAACGCACAGCCGGGGCCACAGCCGGCAGCCUACUCAUCUCCGAGCCAGUACUACCCCCCACCGACACCAAGCUAUGGUUAUGCCCCAGCACCGGCGCAGCAGUCGCCCCAGCGGCAUUCGUACACGCCGGCGCCGGCGCCAAGCAUGCCCCCUCACUCAACCUUCGCCGGGCCAUCACACUACGGGCAGUAUGCGCAGCAGCCACCACCGCCGCCUCCGCCGCAGGCCGCCUAUCCCUCGGCCUACCCUCCCCACUCGUACGCCCCCAUCCCGCCCGCGCCAAACACCGACGUGCAGGCCAUCCCCGCGCCGGCAAGAAAAGAGGCGUACCAGGCCCCCGUGUUUAAGACUUUCCAGGAACGCAAGCGCGAGCGAGAAGCAGCGCUCCGAGCGGCCAGCGGCGCACAAGGCGGGGCAGCAACCCCGCCCACUGCGUCAACACCGACCGCAGGCACGCCCACACGACCAGGAUACUUUCCUCCCUCGGCGCCAACGAGCAUGGCACCGGCGCCGCCGCCCCGCGCGCCGGUGCAGGCUCCCUUCGUGCCGCCGUCACCGCAGCGACAACAGCCUCUGCCCUCGCCGCACCGGUCACAGCCUCCACCCUCGCCGCAGCGACAACAGUACGCCGCGCCCCCACCCGCGCCCGUCUCGCCUCAGCGUCCUGUCCCUCCCCCACGGGGGCGGACUCCGUCACCCUCACCAGCGCGCGCACCGUCGCCAUCGCCUGCGCUCCCGCCCCUGCCCCGCCCGCCAGCGGUGACGUCGGCUCCAACGUCUGUGCGCGCCCCGGCCCCGCCCGGCACCAGCGUCAUGGACCGAGGGCGACCCAAGGCGCUCCCCCGGCCCGCGAGUCCGAUGAAGCGCGCUCCCAGCCCCGCCCGUGCUGCUAGCCCCGCCCGCGCCGCGAGCCCCGUCCGUCGAUCCCCACCACCGCUCAUCCCGCAGCCCACUGGCCCUGUUGCCGCAGCGGCGCCUCCUCCACCGGCGAUCCCCGCCCAUGUGGUUGCAGGUGCGGCGAAGAACCCCGCGCUCGCUGCCCUCCUCGAUCGCUCGGACACGGUCUCGUCGACAAAGUCGGUUGACCGACCUGGGUUCGGGUCGCCCCAGCGCCGCGCUCUCCCACGUCCACCGCAGGGCGUGACAGCCAGCAAGAGUCUCAACCGCGGUCCUGGGUCGUCGGUGGCCGACCUCGAGGAGUUCCGUCGCACCCUCGCGGGACAGCGCAGCUCACCGCCCAUGACUAUUGUCGAGAGCCCUUCCGAACUCGCAGCACGCAUGGCCAACGUCAAGGUUGGGGACGUUGUGCCCGGUUCCCCGCCCGUGUCGCCUGUCAGAGGAUUCCAGCCACUGCCCAGUAUUGUGGCACCUCCAUCGCCACCAAAGCCGGCAUCCAAGGUCAUGCCGCCGUCGCCUCCAAAGCCAUCCGGACCCAAGUCCAAGGGCGCACCGCCGCGGGCUCAGCCGCCGCUUAUUAGUGUCAAUGGCCGUGCACCACCGUCCCCUGUGAUCCCGACCAUCAGCAUUGGCGAGGAGCGCCGGCCAUCGAUUCCAAGUAUCAGCGUUGGGGUUCCCACCAUCAACGUGCCGUCCCCUCCCGCCAUCAGCAUCAGCGUCCCGGAGAUCAAUGUCGGCGUGCCAGAGAUCACGGUUGGCUGCGACGACGACGACGAACACUCGCACCACUCGCACUCGCGGCCCGCGUCGCCUGGCUUCUCAUUCUCUGGCCUCCCGACCAUUGCCGUGUCGUCGUCAAGCUCUUACGACGAGCCACCAGUGGUUGCUGCCCCGGUGAUCAACGUCAGGGGGGCGCGACCGGCGUCUCCCCGCGGUCCAGCGGCCGCGGCACCGACACGAAUCGAGGCGAGCAGCGCGAUCCUGUGCGCUGGGUGUGACCACCCUAUCAUUGGACGCAUCGUCCGCGCCAUGAACCACCGCUGGCACCCAGGGUGCUUCAAGUGCGGUGUGUGCAGCGAACUGCUGGAGCAUGUGAGCGCAUACGAGCAUGAUGGGAAGCCAUACUGCCACUUGGACUACCAUGACCGCUUCGCCCACCGGUGCCACCACUGCAAGACACCAAUCGUCGACCCGCGGUUCAUCACGCUCGACGACGACGUGCUCGGCCAGCGAUUCUACCACGAGCUGCACUUCUUCUGUUCAGAAUGCGGCGACCCCUUCCUCGACCCGUCCAAGUCGUCGGCGCCGGGCACCGAAUUUGCGGGCCCGCGCCAGGACGACGGCGAGACGAGCGACUUUGUCAUCCACAAGGGACACCCUUACUGUGAGCGGUGCCACUUGCGGCUGCACAAGCCCAAGUGCAAGGGCUGCAAGCAGCCGAUCCCGGAUGUGGCUUUGACAGCGCUCGGCAGCCAGUGGCAUGCCGAGUGCUUUGUUUGUGAUAACUGCACCAAGCCCUUUGCCAACAACCUGUUCUUCCCCAGCGAGGGCAAGGCAUACUGCACCGAGUGCUACGAGACGAUGUAGGCGGGGCGCUGCUCGAUGAUGUAGGCCGAGUGGCCAUCAGACAAAUGUAGGCGACGGCUUGAUGCCACAACGCCAC